AUGGCUACGACCUCACUCCCUUCGUUCGCUCAAGCGUUCAGUGAUCCAAGCAUGGGUAGUAUAUCCUCUGGCAACAACUCGUUGCCUCCCAUCCAGCAUCGACGCGCAAAGUCGCCUGUAGAAAGUAAUGGGAGAAAACGAGCAAGGGCAGAAAUCACGUCGGUCGAAGAGCAACCAGAGCCCAAUGGAAGAGUGAAAGAAGAAGAUCAAGAGGAGGGGGAGGCCUCUUCGUCGAAAAAACGACGUCUUGGACUUGGGCUCAACACGAAUGUGAGGGCCAACUCAGAGACAACCCCCAUAUCGCCCGUUGUCAUGGGAUUCGGUUAUUCUGUGAUGCGCGACAAUCCAACUGCGAUUGACCAAGUCCGAUCGUCAAUCUCUGCUAAACAGAAGCAGAAGGCUUUGAUUGAGCAGCGGAGAGGGAGCACGGUUGGCAUUGAUGAGACAACUGGCCCAACGCCUCCACCACCUCCCCCUCAACACUCUUUGCCAGCCCCUCCAAUCAGUUUUGCUCGGCGCAGAGCAGAACACCUAGGGGGUAAACGCAAACCGGCCGACAUUAUCAUCAGUCCCCGUGAAGCCCAUACCAAGGAGCAAUUCCAACCCGCUAUCCAAAGUGCUCCUCCAAUACCACAGGCUGGUCGUUAUCCCAUGAGUCUUCCGCGUCUGCCGCCUGUCAUGGGUACUGCAGAACGAAAGGUGGCUGGCAUUGUACCGCCAACACCAACCCGACUUGCUAUGCAGCGCCAUCACAGUUCGAAUGCUAUUCCAUCUAUUUCACACCCGAAUACGAACCCAACAACAACCACGCGCUCUCCUCCCGCUGCCUCAGUCCCGAUUUCAUCCACUCUGGUACCCCCCACACCCACCUCUCUCCAACAUGCGACUUACACUGGCGAUAAAGCGGCAUUCCUCGCGCCAUUUGAAGUAUUCUACGACGCACUCAACGACUCGAAGCAACUCAAAACCUGGCUGGGGGAUCAGCUCCAAAAGUCGAAUGCCCUUAUCCAGAACCUUACGCAACAACAGGAGAAGCUUAAUGACACUGUCGAGCUUCUGGUUGAGCGUAGAAUAGCGCCCAUGCGGUCAGAGAUGACAGGACUUUAUCGCAGGGUCGAAGAGUUGGAAGAGGCACUUCCGGGCUGCGACAGGGUCUGGACGAAGGCAAAGCGUGGAUUCGGGAAUGCAGAUACCAAAAGGCAAAAAACCCGUUCGAAAUGGAAACAUGUUGGCGGCUGA